AUGCACAAAAUCUCGAACUUCACAGGGCAGGCCCGCCACGGCUGGGAGAAGAUGACGCCCUCGAUGGGCUUCGGCAUGUCCAGGUCCACCAACCAGCACGACCUGCCCAUCACCACGCCCACCAAACGCCCCUCUGCCCAGCCGACUGCUCCGCCGGCCAUCCCGCCGGGCACCCAGGUCAACUGCUCUUUCAAUGUGCCCUUCAACUCGAACCUCGCCGGGCCCGACCUCGACGACAUCAUGUACGCGAGCCCGGGAGCGAGCGCACGCUGGACACACCCGGAAGGGUCGGCUGAGGGCACCCCGAACCACAAACUCCCGGUGCACGCUCAAAAUGUCGAGAACCUACGCAUGCUGUGUCGCGAGCUGAGCGACACCAGCGAUGGCCGCUUGCAGGCGACUGUCGUCUCGUCGGAGCCAAAGCCGCUGCCCGGUCUGCAACGAGGGCCACUACGGGCUUUGGUCACCAACGUCUGCCUCUCUGGAGAACUGGAGCUCGUCACCGCAGUACGGGGUCAGAUACUCAACCAAAGCCCCAUCUCGCUGAGAUCAUCGCACGUCGAUAUCGACACGGAUCUGAUCAUUGACGGUCCGUCUCAGUCGAUACAGUCCCUGGUACUCAACCAACUAGAUCGCAUCUCGAAACUUACCAAGGCCGACAUCUUCGUGCUCAUGCCGAAGAAUCAGGACAUCGAGUCUGCGAGCUUCAACGGCAAUCUGGAGACCGGCUUGGACUCUCGGCUGAGAUGUGCUAUUUAUGGCAAUUUGGAGACCAUGGAGCACGCAAAGACUCGCAUUCUGAUCUUGAUUGACCAAAUUCUUCAUCGGCACGUGGAUCAACUGAAACUCGAACUAUCGAUGCACACUCUGAUAUGCGGACGGGCCCGGAAACAUAUCAAACUCAUCGAGUCUGCCACAGGCACCGCGAUCUACUUCCCGCCUCCAUUCCCCCGCGUCUUCGGCUACACUCCACCAGAAGCUGAACGCCGACCGGAAGACUUGAUCUACAUCACCGGAAAGACAAUGGACGACAUCCGUCUGGCCAAGGCGAAGCUUCACGAUUUAGUUCUGGCGACAAAGGUCUACAUGAAACCCGUCCAACUCACAGAAACCAAGAUCGACAGUAUCCUGCUUGAACGCCUCGAUAAGGUUCGCAAGAUUAUUGAAACUAACGGCACUUAUGUCCUCUUCCCGAGACUUGGUGAACAGCGCGGUCUGCUGCGAGUCCAAGGCAGCGAUGUCUUGGCUGUGGAGCGUACCGUGCGGGAGAUGAUGUCUUUGGCUGGUCAAUUCUACAGCGCCUCAUGGUUCAUCACCCAUCCCGAUCCUACACAGCGCCCCCCGACCCCAAGCGACGUCCGUGCAAUGUUGUCAGACAUUUGCAUCAAUUCCGGUGCCGAGAUCAGUUUCGAGAAACUGAAUUUUCACAUCUAUGGCUCCGAUGACGCAGUGAAGGCCGCUAUGAUGGUCAUUAACAAUAUUCCAUUUGUGAAGAAAUCGCAGUACAACAUGAGCGUCAAGAUCGAACUAGCCAACGAGCACAAGGAAUUUGUCAGCGGCAAGAAAAACGGCAAGAUCAACAAAAUCAUGGGUCACAGCAGCGUGCAGAUCGUGUUCGAUGGCUUCAACGAGUACAACUUCUACAUCGUUGUCCGUGGUGCGCAGUACGAUGCAACUAAGAGCGGACUGGACUUGGUCGAACAGGAGAUGCCUGCCGCUAUCGCCUUCCAUGUCCCUGACCAAUACCACAAGCGCAUUAUCGGCAUCGGCGGCCAACACAUUCAACGAAUUAUGAAGAAGUAUUCGGUCUUCGUCAAAUUCUCCAACGCAAUGGACCGUGGUGGCCUUGGCAAAGAAGAGGACGACAUGAAAGUUGACAACGUCAUCUGCCGCACCCCUGCGCGCAAUGCGCAGAACCUCGAUCUUGUCAAGCAAGAGAUCAUGGACAUGGUUGAGAAGGUUGAUGCUGAAUUUGUUUCGGAACAAGUCCCCAUCAACCGCCUCUACCAUCGUAACCUCAUUGCCCAUAUGGACAAGAUUGAUGAACUUGAGAAGAAGUACAAUUGUAAAAUCACCUUCCCAAGCACAGAGCAGGCGAGCGAUAUUGUUACUGUUUCGGGACCCGAAUACCAGGUCCCCUUGGCAGUGGAUGAAUUCCUGGGCAUGGUCCCAGAGAAGCAUGAAAUUGCUUUCCCCACUAGUCCUAAAUUAGGAGAGUAUAUACGAUCUGCAGAAUUCCAACAAGAUGUCUUGGUGAAAUUGAAAGAUCAAUACGUAGUCGAAUUGCGUCUCAAGCAGCCUCAAAACGAAACGAUCGACGGAACCGAUCAACAAUUUGAGUCGCUUGAAAUGGCCUACACCCGCAACAACGCUGGUGGCCUGAAAGACGCCAUCGACUUUUUAGUCAAUCAAUUGGUUAUGCAUGGCUUGGAUGCUAAUACCAUUAGAGGCGCUAUCCCACGCCCAAAGUCCGACUCGUUUGAAGAGUCCUUGCCCUUUUUUGAAUCGAAAUUGCUUCAACGCGCGGAACCUCCGGUCGAAACCACCGAUUCUCCCACGCGGUCUCAUUUUGGCGAUGACCCUACAGAAAGAUCUGGUUUCCUCGACCGUCUCCGCAAGCCAGGAAGCAUGUCCUCAUUUACUUCUAUUCUCGAGCGCCGUAAAAACGGUUCAAACUCUCCUGGUUCAUUGUUCAAGCAUGCCUCGAGCAACGCGUCCAAGGCAUCGCUUGCCAGUAUCGAGUCCCAAGGCAGCGGCUACCGCAACCCUUGGAACGACAGCGGCAUAAACUUGCCAGACGAAGAACACCACACCAACGGCUGGCCAGUCCCAGCUCCGCGAUUCGAGAACAAAUUCCCCUUUGGUUCGAGCUCUUCCACUAUACCCGGCGAUGUUACGCCGCGGUACGACCCGCGGGGCUCCGUUGAUAGCGGACGCCCUGGCACGUCUCAUUCUGCAUCUGGAUACCCGGCCCCUAUUGGCCCUCCCCGUUAA